CCAAGACCGCCAAUCUGAGUCAGAACUCGAGCCAAGCGACCUGCGUUAGAGGAGUUCCACGUACAUGCUUCUCUUCCGCUCGCAGCGAACCCCAAACUUCAUUGCGCCUCGCGACGUUGCGACGUGUCGGUGGAAGUUGAAUCAGACAGCAUCUAGCUGCUGUGGCGGCUUUCGUUACAUUCUGCCGGUCUUUCGAAGCGCGGCUUUUGGGGUCUUCGCGUCUCGACGCUCGUGAAGCUAAUGUGGCCACUAAUACCUGCAGCGCUGGUGGCAGCAGGGGCCGCGUGGGCGUACUGGGAGCAGACCAAGUCUCCUGUGGAGUGGGAGGGAGGCCGGCGCAAGGCCAUUGUGCCCUUCUUAAAGCCCCAGUCUUACUAUGAGUCAAAGGGGGUCAAGUGCGUGGAGGUGUACUACCGCAACAGCAGAGGCGUUGAGAUCUUCACGAAGCGAUGGCAGCCGUUGGAUGGGGUGGUGAGGGGCAUCGUGGUAUACUGCCAUGGAUAUGGCGACACGUGCACGUACCACUUUGAUGCCGUGGCAGUGCGCAUGGCGCAGCAGCAGUACCUGGUGUAUGGCAUGGACUACGAGGGCCAUGGGUGCUCGCAGGGGCUGCAUGCAUACAUCCCCCGAUUCGACACCGUCAUUGAUGAUGUGGUUGAAUUCACCGAUGCGUUGCGAGCCUCUCCUGCCCUCGCCUCUCUUCCCGUCUUCCUGUACGGCGAGUCCAUGGGCGGCGCAGUGGCCAUCAAGACGCACUGGCGCCGCCCAGACGCCUUCCGAGGCGGCGUCUUCCUCUCGCCCAUGUGCAAGAUAGCAGAUGAGCUGAUGCCACCCCCAGUGGUGGUGUCGGCCUUCCUGGCGCUCAACCACGUGAUUCCCAAGGUCAGGAUGGUGCCGGGGAAGGACAUCAGUGACAUCGGCAUGAGAGACCUCACCAACAGGAAGAGGGCCCAUCAAAAUCCGAUGUCGCUGAGAGGGCUUUCUCGAGUGGGCACUGCCGUGUCGCUGCUGCGAACCACUCAGGAGAUCGGCAGCCGAAUGAAGGAGCUCUCCCUGCCGUGCUUCAUUCUGCACGGCAGCGGGGACGUGGUAACAGACCCGGCUCUCUCCAAGGAGCUGCACUCAGAGGCCAGCAGCACCGACAAGACACUCAAGAUCUACGAGGGUUCCUGGCACGGGCUCACAUCUGGGGAGCCUGACGAUGUAAUCGAGAAGGUGAUAGCGGAUAUUGUGGCAUGGAUUGGUGCGAGAAGCAGCGCUGCUACAGUGGAUUUGAAGGGAGUUAAUGAGAAGCUACUGGAACCGCCUUUCAAGGCUGACGAGGAUACAGCCAAGGAGGUGGAGGUGCAACAUGGGAACGCGCCCUAAAUCCUCCAAGGAGCUUCACUCAGAGGCCAGGUGCACCGAUGCAUGAGGGCUCCUGGCAUGGCAUGGGCUCACGUGACACAUCCCGGGAGCCUGACGAUGUGAUAGAGCAGAUCCAAGGGGAUUCCGUGGAGUGGAUUGCUGCAUGUAGCUGUUUUGAUACAGUGGAUUGGUAGGGGGUAAAUGUGAGGUUACUGUAGGGGGAAGGGUAAGGGGGUGUGGAGGAGCCAGAUUGGAGGAUGGAGCUAAGGGUGCAUUCCUACGACCUACGGCAGUUUGUUCCUUCGUCUGUCUGCACGUAUUUCCCGAGCCGCGCGGCAGUUUGUUCAAACCAUUUUGUUAUAUAAUUGGUAGGCUUGGUAGGUGUUACUGAAACCUACUGUAGAGAGUACAACCCCCCUCCUUGUAUGCCUCUCUUCUAUUCUCGACUCCCGUUUCUCUCCU